AUGGAGAUUAGGAAAGUAGAGAACAAAACUAGAAGGGAUAGGAUAAGGAAUGUUGCAAUAAGAAACACUUUAGAUGUUAAGCUCAUAGCUACCACAAUACAGGAACAGCAACUAAAGUGGUUUGGGCAUGUUCAUGGUACGCCCACAACUCGGAUUCCGAAGAUCAUGAAAGAGGUCAAAGUCGAAGGAAAGUGCAAGAGAGGUAGACCGAGAAGGAAAUUGGAGGAAGAGAUAGAGGACGCUCUGUGUGAGAGGGGCAGCUCCAUUCGUGAUGUUUUACCACUCACUGCAGACAGAAAGUCAUGGAGGCUGAGAGGCACCUUGUAUCCUCGACACCAACCGGUAGAAGAGGCAGAAUUAAUUAAGUAA